AUGCCAGAUACCGACCAAUCUCGACCACUACGACAAGCUCUCGAACCUAUCUCUCAACCUUACCUGUCGACCAUCUCCAAUGCCGCCACCGAUACCAUCUCCAUAGCCCGGGAAGUCUUGAUGGGUAAUUUUCAAUCUGAACAUAGAAGAUCAGAGAGUAUGCGUAUUCUGUCUGACCUGGCUCCUAAUCUUAUGCAACCACGAUUUAUCAAUUCAACCUCCAACUCACAACGAGGUCUAGGUCGAUCUUCCGGCAGACCUCCCUCUCCUUAUCCUUUACUCCGUCUCCCGACCGCUCUCCCUGCUGGUAUAUCAAACUUACCUCACCGAAAAACUUCAUCUUCUUUAGCCAUACUCGAAGCCGUUGAUAAACUCGCUUCUCUCCCUCUUGAUCCCCCGGCGGAGAGACCCAGUGAAGAGCCACCAUCCCUUUUACGAGGCUUCAAAGCCACCAUACCAUCUUCGGAAAUGGCCAAACAACGUAGACGGCGGAUCCGUGGUGGGUUAGUAGAUGAAAAUCUCGGUAAUGAGAAGAUAGGUUUGAAACGACUUGGUGAUAGAGCGCGGGGUUUAUUGACUGAGAAAGCUGAGGAGGAUGAGAAUGAACUUGGAGUGGGACGAAAAACGCGAAGACGACGAAGAGCUAGAGAAGCAAGAAGAUUGAGUGAGGGGAGAAAUUUGGAAGGGAAAUUACAUCUAGAGGAUUUGGUCCAACAAGCGGAAGAGAUUGCUCAGACAAGGAGAAUUUGCAAGUCAGAACUGUAUUCAUUGAUACAUGCUGAAAUCUACGAGGUGUCAGCUAAGAUCGACGCGCUCGAGGAAAUUCGAAGACAGCUGGAGCAGAGUUUACUUCACUUGCAAGAGGAAAAACUGGAGUUGGAUGAUGAAUUGGAAGGUGUCCAAGAACUCAUGGCUUCUCCCAAUGUGACCAGUAAAGGUGGGGUUACGACUGGUAAUACUGCUGGACCUAGUCGGAGUUCCAGAAGACGGAAGGGACCUGCGUUCCUGCCUUCGGAACAUGACGAGUUGCCCUCUGGCGUAGCUUUCAUGACACUUGAAGGUCACAGCGGUCCCAUAACCUGUCUAGACUUUAGUGAACCAUACGGCACUCUAGUCAUCGCGGGACAAGACGACACUGUUAAAGUUUGGGAUCUAUGCGACGGAGAGGAGAUAGGCAGAUUACGAGGUCAUCGAGGACACGUGAAAGCUCUUCAAGUGGAAGAUACUCUCUGUCUUACUGGUGGAAGUGACGGUUCAGUCAAAUUGUGGGAUCUACGUCUCGUGGAAGAUUACGAAGAUCGAUUACAGCGUCAUAACACAGGUUUGGAAAGACGAGAUCCACUCGAGAUGAUUGCGGAACAGAAUGAGCAUGAGGAUGAAAACUGGGAAGAAGGUCCCAGUGGAUAUACGGACGCUUCACAUUUGGAGGAACAAGGACCUUGUGUAAGAACUCUUGAGGGGCACAGUAAGAGUGUAACGGCUUUAUAUUACGAAGAUGGAUGUCUUGUAACUGGAUCAUCAGAUAAGACCAUCCGACAAUGGGAUGUUGCAACUGGACAAUGUGUUUUAACCAUGGAUAUACUUUGGGCCAUCUCCAACCCUCCAGUACCCCCUCCUGCAGAUCCAAAACCUCCAGGACUAAAACAUAGAUCUUCGACUUCAUUCGGAAGUAUACACUACGAUGACAUUUUACCAUCACCCGGUGCUCCUCUCAUAGGCAUGUCCGGUACAUCAUUACUAGCAGCCGUGACUAGUGCUCAGUUCGCCGUUCCUACACCUCCAUUCAGCGAUGGGUCAUGGGAGAUGUAUCAGGAUUUCGUGGGUGGUGUGCAAUUUUGGGGUUAUGCUUUGGCAAGUGGGAGUGGUGAUGGAGGAGUCAGAAUGUGGGAUAUGCGGACGGGGCAGGCUCAUAGGACAUUGACCGGACAUACUGGUCCCGUUACAUCUUUACAAUUUGAUGAGAUGAAUAUAGUCACUGGCAGUUUAGAUAAGACCAUACGGAUAUGGGAUAUCCGAAUGGGAGCAGUCUCCGAAGUACACAGAUACGAAUAUCCCGUCACUGCAAUCCAGUUUGACAGUCGCAAAGUUGUCGCUUGCACAGGAGAGAACGGUGUGGAAGUUUAUAAUCGGACCACUCAUGCACAUACCAGAUUAGUGGUUAAUGGUCAUAUCAAACCCGCGGAGAAGAUGAGGUUUAUCGAUAAGUAUCUCGUCUCGGGCGGUAAAGAUGGGUUGAUGAAGGUGUGGGCGAUGUAG